AAAUGGCUUCGACGAGCAACGCAAAGAGAUUUUCUGUACAAUGGUAGCUUUCAAGAAGCGAUCGGUUCAACCAUGGUUUUGGCUCAAUGUUUUGGUUUGAUGCCUGUUGUGGGUGUCAAGACGCGCACAGCCUCACAGUUGCGAUUCAAGUGGAACAGUGUCAGAACUGUGUACAGUUUCGUUGUGUUUCUACUCUUGUUGGGUUAUGCGAUAAUGACCGUUAUAGUAUCAUUUGAGGGUCGAAUCCAAUUCGAUCGAGUGGCGACGAAAUGGCCUCGAGUUAUGAGACAUUGGGAAACUAUUGAAGCUAAAAUGCCGAAGUAUCGCAAUAAAAGAGAAAAAGCAAAAUUAGCUCAUCAUGUGAAAAUGUUAUCGUUUGUGGUACUAAUGUGCUCGUUUGUGGAACACAGUCUAACUAUAUUCUCAACAGUUCACUAUUCGAAAUAUUGCUUACGUCAAGAAGAUCCGUUCAAAGAAUUAUUAAAAACACAACUGUCGCAACUCUUUGCCUUUUUGCCAUACUCCCAUUUGGCUGCAUUUUUAGGCAAAUUUACGACACUUAUUGCCACGUUUACUUGGAAUUAUAUGGAUUUGUUUGUGAUGAUGAUAAGCGUUGGAUUGUCGUCGCGUUUUAAACAAAUCAAUGAAGAAUUGGAACGGGUCAAGGGCGAGCAUAUGUCCGAGGAUUUUUGGGCAUUAAGACGAUCGCAGUACCGCAAACUGUGCAAUCUCUGCUUUAUAGUCGAUGAUGCCAUCUCCCAGCUAACAUUUCUUUCAUUCUCGAACAACCUGUUUUUUAUAUGCGUUCAGCUGCUAAGGAGCAUAAGGCCUAUGAGAUCGAUUCCACAUGCAAUUUACUUCUGGUUUUCGUUGAUAUUUUUAAUAUCACGAACAGUGGCCGUUUCACUGUAUUCAUCACAAAUCCAUGACGAAUCGAAGAAGCCAAUAAUUGUCUUGCGUUCUGUACCGAAUCAUUCUUGGGGCAUCGAAGUUCGACGAUUUUGCGAACAAGUCGUCAACGAUACUGUCGCAUUGACUGGCAUGAGAUUCUUCUUUCUUACCCGAAAGCUCAUUCUCACUGUUGCUGGGACAAUUAUAACGUACGAGCUUGUUUUGGUACAAUUUCACACCGAAGAUUUCAAGCCCGAUGUUUGUCGAAAUGCAAGUUAAGCACAAUAACAAUUAUUUUAUUGUAA